AAACGUUAUGUAGACGUCACUUCAAUUCCAUUCCAUUCCCAGGCUAGUCUGUGUAAAUUUAAGCAAAUAGGCUAUUUGAUAGAAGUAAUACCAAAAAUACGUCCGCAUAUUUCCUAAGUGAACAUAGCUACAACAUUUACUGAUUAACUCCUAGUUAUUUGGCUUUGACGGUUUCGUGAUCGUGCACGGUCUGCCAUUGUGCAUUUUGGCGCUCGCUUUCUCGCACGGCGAGGCAAACAAGCAAGUCGUUUGGGGAGGGGAAACGAAAAGCCCAGCAACAGCGUCAAGAAAACGAACCAGUAAACCGCUAAAGCUAGCACGGGUUUUAUUUCAAACUUUCCAUUUCCAAGUUGGGACGUGCCCCUUAACUCAUUUGAGGUACCGCUACCAAAUCAUGGGAAAGAAGACUCGUGAAAAUGAUGAUGAUGCCUCGGGCUCAUCUUCAGAAGAGGAAGAAUUUAUUGUGGAGAAGGUUCUGGACAGAAGGACGGUGAAGGGCCGAGUUGAAUUCUUCCUUAAGUGGAAAGGUUAUUCAGAAAAACACAACACAUGGGAGCCAGAGAAGAAUCUCGGCUGCCCCGAGCUCAUUGCUGAGUUUAUGAAGACUUACAAGAAGCCUAGCGGCGGUGCCACCCCCGGCAGCGGAGGAGCCAAGUCCAGUGCGGGAUCAUCAGGCCGUGGCAAGGAAGGCAGCAGCAAGAGGAGAAACUCUGACGAUGAUGAUGAGGAGGGGAGCAGCAAUAAGCCCAAACGGAAAAAAGAGGAUGACGUCCUGAUUGCGAGAGGCUUUGAGAGAGGUCUGGAACCAGAGAAGAUUAUUGGAGCCACAGACUCCUGUGGAGACCUCAUGUUCCUUAUGAAGUGGAAGGACUCUGAUGAGGCAGAUCUGGUGCUGGCCAAGGAGGCCAAUCACAAGUGCCCGCAGAUCGUCAUAGCUUUCUACGAAGAGCGCCUCACCUGGCAUGAAGACGGGGAUAAGAAGGAGAAGGGCGCUGUGAGCAUUGUACAGGUUAAUGUCCCUGAAUAACAAAGAGCCCAAUCUAGCCAUUUUACACACAAACUGAGAAGGAUGAGGGAAGACUGCGGGUUUUGGAGGUGGUGAAACAGGCUGGCUGCGCUCGCUACUGGGGACGGCUUGUCUUUCCUCUUGCUUUAUUCCCUUUCUAUAUUUUUGUGUAAGUACGAUUCUUGAUUCUGUGGUACCCUGUCUAGGUACUGGCAGCCAUCUUAAGGUGACUUGAAGGUAGUCGUCUUAACUAAUAGUGGCCACGUCUAUCAAAGCAUGGUCCAGUGCCCUGUAUGAAAUUCCCGCCUACUUCCUGAAUCAUGUACUUGCAGUUUUUGAAUGCGAUUCAAGAGUAAAUCAUGAAAGGGUUAAAAAAAAAGAAGUUUUUUAUUUUUAUUGAACCUUUAUUUAACGAGGCAAGUCAGUUACGAACAAAUUCUUAUUUACAAUGACGGCCUACCCCGGCCAAACCCCUAACACGGACGACAUUGGGCCAAUUGUGCGCCGCCAUCCUACGCAUAUAUUUGUUUACGUGGAUUAAUUUACUUCUACCUUCAUGAAAGCCAUCAGUUCGGAGUAAAUUAAGCUACUAAUAAGAUUUUACAUGUCUCUUUAAGCCCUUUUUCAUGAAUUUGAUGUACUCUGGAAUCCCGUUCAAAAACGGCAUGGGACAUGAUCCAUAGCAGAAGUAGGGGGGACUUUCAUAGAGCAUUCACAAAUCGAGCGUCUCAGAGUAGGAGAGCUGACCCACCUGUCCGUAUAUUCUUAUUCAUUGUUAUCUAAAAGGUCCAAAAAAUAAAAUGAUCCUAGAUCGGGCACUUUGGUGGAAACUUUGAAUACGAGCCCUCGACAUGUUUGCCCUGGGAAGAUGACAUGGGAAGAUGACAUGACAAGAUGUCUUCCAAGUCUUAUCAAACCUCGACAAUAACAGUAGUUAUGCCGUAGAUAAAAUAGUUUUAUCGUACUCUGAUCACCUUGGUAGAAAAUCUGCUUAUUUUUUUUGUUCAGUAGUUUUAGUCCACCUUUUGAUGUUUUAAGGUCAAUAUUGUCCCCUCCAAGUACUUCAUGUCUUGUUUUAUUUCUCCAAUUUUUCACUAGUACUGUGGCUGGACUAAGUUUUAUUUUUUAUUUUUUUUAUGGCCUACAUUUUAAAAUUUGAACUCUUUUGUCCAUCGGCUUCUGUUAUGUAGCUGUUCUGUAGGUCAAGUAAUCAUGUAGCUCUGAUUCCAUUGCUAAGAUCAUGAACAUAUUUAGUCGGAGUAGCUGCUUUUUCCUAACUUGGAAUUGGAUUCUUCCGAUUACUCAUUUUUAUUUUAAAUCAGACAAUUUUAUCACCACAACAAGCACAAUGAAGCAAAUAUUACAGAUGCACAGACGGGCCACUUCAAAAGUUGUACCCAAUGUUUCAAGCCAUCUUUAUUUGUAAAUGUGAAUGAUAUUAUCACAGCAGUGCUGAAUUGGAACCCGGCCCUUAGAUCAGAAGUCAGUUGACAAUCAGCAUGCCACAUGCUCUGCAGUAGAAAGUGACACCAUACAAGCAUACUGAUUGAUUUGAUCAAGGUAUGCCACCCUGGGGCUAAAUGGCUCGGGCCGACGUGUCCUGCCCAGUCCCCUGCGUGAGCGAAUGGGAUAAGGCAGAUCGGGGCUUACCUCCAGACAGUGUUCCUUCUUGGGAAUGCUUAUAAAUCUAUUUGAACAUUUUUUUAAAUCCCCCGUCAAUGAUUUUUGAUUUAUUUAGAGUAUUAAGUGGUUAAAUCCACACCACCUACAGAGUAUUUGUUCCACUUGUAGAAAGAUCAUUUGUCCUGACCUGAAUUUCUAGUUUUGUCAUCCCUGUUAAUGCUAAAUACUGAAUGUUUUGGGAUGAUGUUAUCCACAUCAUUGACUUCAUAUUACAGGUUUGUUUUAACUUACCUAUUCUGUCCAUUUUGGCUUUCCACCCCUUGUGUUGAAUGUAGUAAUGAGAGCAUUGAGUUUGUGUUCAAUGAUCUAUCCAAAUGUGUGGUAAAAGAGCAAGUUUGUUUAGUCACAGAAUAGAGGCAAAGUAUUCCAGUAUAUUUGUAGCCUCUACCAUUGAGUUGAUGAUGGACAGAGUGCUAUUGCUAUGUAUUGUGAUCAAAUAUUCUCGUAUUCAAUUUGUGAUGUUUUCCCACUCAAAAAAAAUAACAAUUUAAGGAGCAACUGAGUCCUGAGUUGUCUUGUCACUGUAGUAAUAGAAACAAGUGAAAGAUUACUUCGAUAUCCUUCUCUCUUCAGAACCAUCUCUGUUUAGGACAAAUGUAACGGUUUUCUGUUUUUCAUUUUUAUUUAUAAUUACUCAAAAGAUUUUCAUUUGUAGUCCAUUUUUGACCCUUUUCUUUUUUUCAAAGUGUUCCACGUUUUGGUGUAUCUCACCAAUUUUUUUUUUUAUGCUCUGAAAUUUGGGUUUUAUAUGUAUUGUAGUAAACUGUUUUCAACAUUCAA